AUGAAGCAAAUGGCUAAGAUAAAUGCCUCUUCAGUGACAGAGUUCAUCCUUAUGGGAUUGACGAACCAAUCUGAGCUCCAGCUGCCUCUCUUUUUCCUAUUCUUGGUCAACUAUAUUAUCACUGUGGUGGGAAACUUGAGCCUAAUAAAUCUAAUCUGCUUAGACUCACACCUUCACACUCCUAUGUACUUCUUUCUCUUUAAUCUGUCCUUCAUUGACUUCUGCUAUUCAUUUGUUUUUACCCCCAAAAUGCUGGUGAACUUUGUGUCAGAAAGGAACAUCAUCUCCUAUGCUGGAUGUAUGACGCAGAUAUUUUUCUUCUGCUUUCUUGUCAAUUCUGAAUGUUACGUGCUGACAGCCAUGGCCUAUGAUCGGUAUGUGGCCAUCUGCCAGCCCCUAAUGUACUUGGUCAUCAUGUCUCCUAAGACUUGUUCUCUUCUAAUGUGUGGCUCAUACUUGAUGGGGUUGGUUUUUGCUGUGGUCCACCUAGGGUGUGUGAUUGGCCUUAUCUUCUGUGAUUCCAACAUCAUCAAUCACUACAUGUGUGACACCUUCCCCCUCCUCCAGCUCUCCUGCAGCAGCACCUAUGCUAGUGAGCUUGUGAGUUCUCUCGCUGUCACUAUAGUUAUCUUUAUAUCCAGCUUCAUUAUGUUAAUCUCAUAUGGUUUGAUUCUUUCCAAUGUCUUUCAUAUGUCUUCAGGGAAGGGUUGGUCCAAAGCCUUGAGCACUUGCGGUUCUCAUAUAAUCACUGUUGGCCUCUUCUAUGGUUGUGGGAUUCUUGCUCAUAUCAAGCCAUCGUCUCCCGAGGCUGUGGACCAGGGGAAGUUUUUCUCAGCAGUUUAUACUCUUGGAGUGCCCAUGCUGAAUCCCCUCAUUUACAGCCUCAGAAACAAAGAUGUCAAACUUGCUCUGCAGAGAACACUGAAGAGAAUCACAAAGUGA